UUGUGAAGCAUCUUUUUUUCUCUCUCUCUCUCUCUCUCACAAAAGCGAGGCAGAGCAUGGGUGUCAUUGUAGUACAUCUGCUCCCGUGUCGGCUUUGGCAGUUUGUUUGCAUUGGCCCUUUGCGUGUCCGAUUGCUGCAGCGUGGCGUUUGUUUUGCCCUUUUCUGAGGCGGAGAGGAGGACGGUAUGGGCAUAUGGGACACUGCCAGACUCCAAGGAAUCCACCACCCUUGCCUCAGCUGCUCCUGCUUUCUUCGCUCGCCCACUCCCACUGCGCUGCUGCGGCUGCUAAAGCUAGGGCAGGGCGACCUCGCCGCGGCUACUUUGACGGGGAGAAGAGGCUCCUCCUUUGCAGAUCUGGCGGUGGCAGGCAUCUGCGGGCUGUCAAUUCCUUUCUUGAGAUGGUAGAUUGUCCCGAAAAGAGAGCUGCAAUUUCUCCCCCUUUUUAAAUAUUCUCUACGCUCCUCCUCUGCGCAAGAGUGUGUGAUUUUCCGAGGAAAGGUGGUUCUUUGGCGAUUUUGCGGGGAUUCAAGAAGGAAAGGAGUAUGUUGCUACCUUUAGCUUCCAGGAUCUGACGGGCUUUUGAUUUGUGACUAUAUGGACUUUGAUCCCGAGGCUUUCUGUUCGGAUGGGUGCAUUGAACUAGUAAUGGUACUAGCUAGCAAGAGCGUGUAAUCUUUUGGGGGAGGAAAGUUGGUUCUCUGGCGAUCUAGGAAACAAAAUUAAGGCGAUCUUGAGAGGGUUCAAGAAGGAAAGGAGUAUAUUUCUGCCUUUUGGCUUCCAGGAUCUGGCGGGCCUUGGAUUUAUGACUAUCACGACGUAGGAAACUCUGGUUUUGCUCGGAUUUUCCUGUUCGUGAUGGCAGUUCGUGAAGUGAUUGAUACGGACGUGGUGACUGCAGCUAAUUGAUUGUCUAUGCGAAGAACGUAAGAAAGUAACGAGCAUGGCUACAAGACAUCUUCUCUUUUGGGCGUUCUUCUGGCUACUGAUCGGCUUCCUUUACCCGUCGUCGUCCGCCACACUGACGCCGUCCGGCAUAAACUAUGAAGUGGUAGCAUUGAUGGCAAUAAAAAUAGAAUUAAAUGACCCUUACAAUGUUUUGGAGAAUUGGGAUAUCAACUCAGUGGAUCCAUGUAGUUGGAGGAUGGUCACCUGCUCAGCUGACGGAUACGUGUCUGCUCUGGGACUACCCAGCCAAAGCUUGUCUGGUAUACUAUCACCUGGUAUAGGAAAUCUUACAAAUCUUCAGUCUGUGCUGCUCCAAAACAAUGCAUUGUCCGGUGCAAUUCCUGCUGAGAUAGGCAAACUGGAGAAACUCCAGACACUAGACUUGUCCAACAAUCAAUUCCGUGGCACUAUUCCUAGUUCACUUGGCGACCUUAACAACUUGAAUUACCUGCGAUUGAACAACAAUAGUCUUUCUGGACCUUGCCCAGAUUCACUGUCCAACAUCAGAGGUCUCACUCUCGUGGAUCUUUCUUACAACAAUUUAAGUGGUUCCUUACCAAAAAUAUCUGCAAGAACAUUUAACAUUAUUGGAAACUCCUUAAUAUGUGGAUCAAAUUUAGACAUUAACUGCUCGUCUGGAUCAGUGGAUCCACUUUCAUAUCCACCGGAAGAUUUAAAGUAUAGGUCACAACUCGGAGGAACAAGAAGCCGGCAUGUUGCUAUUGUAUUUGGUGCAAGUGUUGGUUCGCUUACUUUUUUAGUGAUUGUUAUUGGCUUACUACUUUGGUGGAGAUACAGACACAAUCAACAGAUAUUUUAUGAUGUAAAUGAGCAAUAUGAUCCAGAAGUUUGCUUGGGACACUUGAAGCUUUAUUUGUUUAAGGAGCUACGAACAGCCACCAAUAAUUUCAAUUCAAAAAAUAUUCUAGGUAAAGGAGGUUAUGGAAUUGUUUACAAAGGUUGUUUGCGGGAUGGAACCAUAGUGGCUGUUAAACGUUUGCGAGACUAUAACAGCAUCGGAGGUCUUCAAUUCCAAACCGAGGUUGAAAUGAUAAGCUUGGCAGUUCAUCGUCAUUUACUCAAGCUUUGUGGAUUCUGCACAACAGAGAAUGAGAGGCUCCUUGUCUAUCCUUACAUGCCCAACGGGAGCGUAGCUUCUCAACUUAGAGAGAAUGUUCAUGGAAGGCCAGCUUUAGAUUGGUCAAGACGAAAGAGGAUAGCAUUGGGGACUGCCCGGGGAUUAUUAUACCUACACGAGCAAUGUGAUCCAAAAAUUAUCCACCGUGAUGUAAAAGCUGCAAACAUUCUUCUCGAUGAAGAAUUCGAAGCAGUGGUUGGGGAUUUCGGGCUGGCAAAACUUUUGGAUCACCAGGAGUCGCAUGUUACGACAGCAGUUCGCGGAACAGUAGGGCAUAUUGCUCCGGAAUAUCUUUCGACCGGACAGUCAUCAGAAAAGACUGAUGUUUUUGGUUUCGGCAUACUAUUACUCGAGCUGAUUACCGGGCAGAAAGCAUUGGAUUUUGGGAGACUUGCAAACCAGAAAGGCCUCAUGCUCGACUGGGUUAAAAAACUUCACCAAGAGAAUAAACUGUACAUGGUGGUCGACAAAGAUCUCAAAAACAACUACGACAGAGUAGAGCUCGAAGAGAUGGUUCAAGUGGCUCUUCUUUGCACACAAUUCCAUCCGUCACAACGCCCCAAGAUGUCAGAAGUCGUGCGAAUGUUGGAAGGCGACGGGCUUGCGGAGAAGUGGGAAGCUACACAGAAGGCUGAUACACCCAAGUCUCAAUCCUCGGAGCAGCCAACACAUCAGUAUGCUGACUUGAUGGACGACUCGUCGAUGGUAUUAGAAGCAAUUGAACUUUCAGGCCCUCGGUGACAGAGACUCGAAACAUUGUACAAUGUAAAUGUGAUUCUUUUCGGGUUUUUUUCUCGUUGGGUAGUGAUAGCAGUUUCACGUUGCGGUCUAUCGACUCUUGCGACUGAACGCAUUGUAUCGAGGGACGAGGUGUACAAAUAAAGGUAACAGAAUUUAAAUGUUUUUGUUUGGUUUCUUGUUUA